UCUUUGUUUUGUCUUAAGAGAAAAACAAAGGAAAAAGCAAAUAAACGUAGCUGGAGUUUGAUGUUUAGAUCGCAGCUGUGUGAGAAAUACUUUGAAGUUACAUCCCACCUAGAUUUUCUAGAGCGAGAAACUUUUUCUAGAGAGAGAAACAAACAAAGGUAUGAUGCAACCUCGAAGAUCUCCGCUUUACCCUUUCCUCUUCGCCUUGAUCUCUCUGCAUCUGCAAUUCCUUUCUGGCCUAGCCGACAACAACACAUCAGAUUCCAAAAAAGAAAAUAAGGAUGUGAGUGCACAUGUUUCAAGUGGUUCUGCUGGUCUGAAGAUACUUAUUGUAUUCGUUGGUGUGCUAGCAGUCAUAGCAUUCGGUGUUUUUCUUUUCAAAUUAUGGCAAAGAAAGAAGAGAGAGGAACAACAUGCUCGUCUUUUGAAGCUGUUUGAAGAUGACGAUGAACUUGAGGUUGAACUUGGUAUGCGGGAUUAACAACUUAUCUCAUUCAUUCACGUAUUAAAAUUUUCACAUCAACAAGACCAUGCUCUUUUACCAUUCAAACUCCAGCAAAGGAGGUUAUUUUGAAAAGUCCAAAUUCACCAUCAGAUUGUCACCAGUUUGUUUCUCUCGACUUAGCAUGGGAGAUUUAGGCCAUCUUGUCACUUAUUGUUAACAGCUUGAAGCAUUUUUAUAUUCUAUCAUUGUAUAAUCAUUUUGUAAAUCAUAUAUAUUCAUUCUACUUAAUAAGAGAACAUCAAUCAAAAGUUUUUGUAAGGUGAUUACAGAAUGGCACCAAAUUGUAUUCCUUUUAUGUGGUACUGUACAAAUAUGAUCACAUUUGAUUUCCUUUUUUGUAGUACAGACCAAAACCCUAUGAAAUUCAUGUUACUCGUCUUAUUUUAGACAA